AUGGAGGGUAGCAGGCACAAGUACGAAGCAGCAGGCAGUAUAGUAGGGCACGCAACGCAUGUGGCGACGUCGGGCGGCCGCGCGCCGUGUCGCAUCUGGUGGUCGGCGCGGGGAGCGCGGCGGGGGCUAAAAUUAGUACCGGAGCGCCACGUGCGCUCCGACUCCGUGCUGGCAUCAGUCCGCGCGCAACCAUCAAAUCAGACGCUCGCUCGCACCGUAGUCAGUGUUUACACUAAAAUCUAG